AGAUGUCUCUGCUCCAUGCCUCAUCUUCGAUCACUGCGUCUGACCAGUGUAAAGCUGAGUGAUGAGUUCUACUCAACGAUGGCCUCUGAGGCAUCAAAAUCAAAGAUCCAGACGCUGAGUAUGAAGGAUGUUUCCAUGAUGACUCCACGGAGACUACACUCCAUUCUCUUGCUACCACACCUCCAGUCAUUCACCUUGACGGAUAUCGAACGAGUUGACAUGGACGAUGGAGAGACACUGACUCGUCAAACAUCCUCAGUAGAAGAGCUUUCUGUGGAUGGUAAGGAUGUGAUCAGCCUGUGGAAUCUUGGACUUCAUACAUCAUGUCCCCGAGUGAAAAAACUCGAACUGAACUACCAGGACGAGGAGAAUGUCUCAUCAGGAAUCGUCACAAUAGCCUGCUCUCCAUUCCAUCAUCUAACUCACCUUCACGUCGAGGGAGACCUGUCUGCUAGUACACUGAAUGAUCCUGUGUCAUUUUGUGAUGCAGUUAAAACAUCAUGUCCUCAACUCACCAAGCUGUCCUUGACCUGCAUUGCACUGAACAACGAGAAGGCAGCCGAGAUCAUCCAACUCAUGAAGACUCAUCCACACCUGACAAGCAUAGAGUGAGUCUCAUUUGAUAAUACCAGGGUAACGAUUGCCACAGUAUAAUCAAAAUCUUACUUGUAUUUAUUGUGGAAUGCAUUUCGGUUUACCUUUUGCUAUGAGUUUCUUAUCUUCAUUUGCUACCUCUGUCUCUCUCUCUCUCUCU